AUGGAAGACUUCUGCGAGGUCGUCGUGCUGCGCGGAGGGUCUGCGAAGCUGCAUGAGAUCCACAUUACCAUCCGUGAGCUCCCACUGGCCGACGGUGUGCAUGGAUCCACUGGGAACCAGCUUUGGCCAGCUGGAAGCAUAUUAGCCCAGGAGCUUUUGCGGAGGCCGCAGCUGGUGCAGGAUCGAUUCAUCCUCGACCUCGGUGCUGGCUGUGGGCUUGCAGGACUUGCUGCUGCUGCGGUGGGUGCCAGGCGCGUGCUGCUCACAGAUUGCGAUGGGGAAACAGUAUGCAAUAUCCACCACAACAUUAAGGCCAACAGACAUCUAUGGGGACCCGAGGGAGGAAAUUGCGAAGUUCAAGCGGAAGCGCUUGACUGGAAACGCGUUAGCGAAGACUAUGCCUUGCAGGAGCGGGCUGAUGUGGUCAUCAGCUCUGAUACGGUCUAUGGGCACUUUGGUGAUGACUUGGCAUGUUGCGCGCUGAAUCUUCUGUCCAGCACUGGCUCCAUGAUUUUGGUCGCCCCCAAGGAUCGGCAGACUGGCGUCCCGGCGUUUCUGGAGCGCAUGAAGUCUGCAGGCUACGUGUAUCUGGAGAGUUGGGUGCAGGAUGAACACGGAGAAGAUUUCCAUCUCUUCGAUCUGAAGCGACGAGAAUCGACUGUGCCCGGCUGA